AUGCUUUCACAGUAUCAGCACGAGAACAUUGUAACCCUUAUAGGGUUUUGUGAUAUUAAUGACAAGAUGAUCCUUGUUUAUGAAUACGCAAUCCAUGGAAGCCUUGACACACAUUUACAUAACCCUUCAGCUGGACUUUCAUGGCCACAACUCCUCAAUAUAUGCAUUGACGUUGCUUCUGCAUUGGAUUAUCUUCAUAAUCACGUGGCAGAAAAACAUAGAAUAAUACAUCGUGAUAUAAAAAGCGCGAAUAUUUUGUUAGACGACAAUUGGAAUGCAAAACUUGCGGAUUUUGGGCUCGCUACAAUAGGUCUAACAAAUCAACAAAACACCUUUGUGAUCACUAACCCUGCUGGCAUGCCGGGUUAUUAUGACCCACAAUACGAAAGAACAGGUUUAUUAACAAAAGAAUCAGAUGUCUACUCAUUUGGAGUAGUUUUGUUUGAAGUUUUGUGUGGAAGGUUGGCUUGUGUUGUAAAUUACCAUGAUGAGCGGCGAUUCCUUCCCCAUUUGGCCAGAACCUGCUACAAAAAUGGAGAGAUAAAUAAGAUUAUUGAUCCAAGAAUAAGGGAAGACAUCAACCCAAGAACAUUGCUCAAGUUUUCAGCUGUUGCUUAUCAAUGCUUGCAAGAAACUCGGGAAGAACGACCUACAAUUGGUGAGGUUGCAUUCCAACUAAAGGAGGCCAUGAAAAUACAAGUAUGA